UUAAUCAUCAGUUAGUAAGCAGGAUUAGCGAUGAAGUGGUGGACGUGUGUGGUGUUCGCGUGCGCGGCCGUGCUGGCUGACGACGAGUGGCGCGAGGUGAGGACUGCGCAAGGGCCGGUGCGCGGGCGCAAGCACCCCACUGAAGAUAUAUACACCUUCUACAACAUACCUUACGCCACCGCGCCUACGGGCCAGGACAAGUUCAAGGCACCUCUCCCCCCUCCUGUAUGGUUGGAACCAUUUGACGCCAUAGACCAGGCCGUAGUGUGUCCACAGCCCAAAGGUCCAUGGGAUAUAAUACCAGAAAAUGCAGUGACUAAAGAAAACUGUUUGAUAGCCAAUGUAUUUGUACCAAAUAGUAAUGAGAAAAACCUUUCAGUACUAGUGAUUGUUCAUGGAGGAGCAUUUGUAAUGGGUUACGGUGAGAUUCUAAAAGGAACACAAUUUAUGAAGAAAAAAGAUUUUAUUAUGAUCACGUUUAACUACCGAGUUGGCAUCCAUGGGUUCUUAUGUCUCGGCACUGAGGACGCGCCAGGCAAUGCUGGCAUGAAGGACCAGGUGGCGCUGCUGCGCUGGGUACAGAAGAACAUCGCCAGCUUCGGCGGUAACCCAGACGAUGUUACUAUUGACGGGUACAGUGCAGGUUCCGCGUCAGUAGAUCUGUUAAUGCUCUCAAAGUCCGCACAAGGAUUAUUUCACAGAGUCAUACCUGAAAGCGGUGGAAAUAUGGCCGCAUUCACUAUCCAGCGAGAUCCUGUAGAAAAUGCAAAAAAUCAUGCAAUAAAAUUAAAUUUCACUCACGGAGAUGAUAUUUAUGCUUUGGGAAACUUUUACAAGACUGCUCCAAUAGAACUGUUGACAGCGGAUAAUUUUUUUGACAGAACUGAUUCUACAUUCGUAUUUUCACCGUGUGUGGAACGCGAUACAGGAGACGGAGCGUUCCUCACGGAAUCUCCUCUGAAUAUACUAAGGAGUGGCAACUACAGGAAAUUACCUGUGUUGUAUGGAUUCGCCGAAAUGGAAGGUUUAUUACGUGUUGAUUUCUUUGAUGUUUGGAAGGAUAAGAUGAAUGAAAGAUUUUCUGAUUUCUUGCCACCUGACUUAAAAUUUGAUUCUGACGAAGAAAGAGAAGAAGUGGCAAAUAAGAUCAAAACGUUUUAUUUUGGUGACAAGCCAGUCGGCAAUGACAAUAUUUUGAAAUACGUUGACUACUUUUCGGAUAUCAUAUUUGCUUAUCCCAUGCUUUGGGCUGUGAAGCUACACGCGCAGGCUGGCAACAAUCAAGUUUAUUUGUAUGAAUAUAGCUUUGUGGACGAGGAUAUUCCCUAUGUUCCACACACUGAAGUACGAGGUGCUAACCAUUGCGCCCAGACAAUGGCUUUAGCUGACGGAAAAAACUUCACACAUAUGGAUGAGUCUCUUGCUACCCCAAAUUAUAGGAAAAUGAAGACAAUAAUUAGGGAAAUUUGGCAUAACUUUCUGAAAACAGGUACCCCUGUACCGGAGGGCUCAUGGCUGCCGGCGUGGCCGGCGGCGGGCGCGGACCGGGCGCCGCACAUGUCGCUGGGCGAGCGGCUGGAGCUGCGCGGCGCGCUGCUGGCGGAGCGCACGCGCUUCUGGGAUGACAUCUACCAGAGAUACUACCGGGACGCGGUGCCGCCGCCGAAACCCCCGCCCAGACCACGAGACGAAUUCUAACAAACUCUUUGAAUGGAUAUUCGAUUUCAGUGAUAAAAAGUUACUAGAAACGUUUCAUUUGGGACUUAUUUUGAUUAGAGUUGAUACUUAUGUCAGUUUGUGUAACGCUAAAGUAUCACUUAGGUACCAUGUUACCUAUUGUUUUUUAAUGUCUGAAUCGAUGAUGAAAACAUAUAGUUUUGUUCAAAUGGUAUUCUACAUCCACUAAAUAUUUAUAAUAAAUACUUUGGCAAAAUGUU